GGUAAUGAUUGACGGUGUAGACGUGGUCUCUCCGGGCUGAGCCGAGCAGUAAAAAAACGCGCAGGGGGGGGGGGCGAGGCAGCGGGGAAUAAAACGUGAACAGAAGUGAGUUCUGGACUCUCAGCCCGUGUUGGUGACGUGAUUUAACUAGUGACCGGGAAGGCGAGCAGCAGCAGGUUCCGCCUCUCUCGUACUUCUGACUGUCAAUAAGAGACGUGUGACUCGUGACAGGAUGCCGAGAUCCUGGUGCUGGAUGGACGAUGAUCGCAUGGGCACUUUGGGGCUGUGUUAAAUGACCCUUCUCUCAUCACACUGAAUCUCAUGGAGUGACAAAAAAAUUAAUAAGUGUGACAUUUUUUUAAUUGAAACUUGUCGACUGGAUUCGUAGUACUUUGACAGCUUAAACAUGGCACUUUAUGUAGAAGGUCUGAGUGAAAGAGUGCCCCACAAAGGCAUGGCUCAGUUUCAGGAAAUGAUGCGGCAGCAGCUGGAGAGCUCCAUGGACGCAGAGCUGGAGAAGCUGGUGAACACGGUCACAGGGGCCGACAGAGACGUCUGCAUGAACUUUAAGGGCUUCAAGAACCUCUUCCACAGAUUCCUGCAGGUAAAGGGCCCGUCUGUGGAAUGGAUCAAGAUCAAACGGCCUCCAGAAGACUCGAUCCAGCCGUACGAUAAGAUCGCAGCGCGGGGUCUGCCGGACGGCGUGGCCGCCAGCCUCAACAAGCUGGUGGUGGUGAAGCUGAACGGAGGUCUGGGUACCAGCAUGGGAUGCAAGGGCCCCAAGAGCCUGAUCAGCGUCCGCAACGAGAACACCUUCCUGGACCUGACCGUGCAACAAAUUGAGCACCUGAACAAGACGUACAACACUGAUGUUCCCCUGGUCCUCAUGAACUCCUUCAACACAGAUGAAGAUACCAAGAAAAUCCUGCAGAAAUACACACACCACCGGGUCAAGAUCCACACCUUCAAUCAGAGCAGGUACCCCCGCAUACACAAAGAGUCUCUCCUCCCCGUGGCUGCAAACCUGAGCAUGACGGGCCAAAACGCAGACGGCUGGUAUCCUCCCGGCCACGGCGACAUCUACGCCAGCUUCUACAACUCCGGCCUGCUGGACAAGCUCAUCGCGCAGGGAAAGGAGUACAUCUUUGUGUCCAACAUCGACAACCUGGGAGCCACCGUCGACCUGCACAUCCUGCACCACCUGGUCAGCCAGCCCAACGGCAAGCGCUGCGAGUUCGUCAUGGAGGUCACGGAUAAGACGCGCGCUGACGUCAAGGGAGGCACCCUGAUCCAAUAUGAAGGAAAGCUCCGUCUCUUGGAGAUCGCCCAGGUGCCCAAAGCCCAUGUGGACGAAUUCAAGUCGGUUUCGAAGUUCAAGAUCUUCAACACCAACAACCUCUGGAUCUCUUUGACUGCCAUCAAGAGGCUGCAGGAGCAGAACGCGAUGGACAUGGAGAUCAUUGUCAACCCGAAGACACUGGACGGAGGGCUGAACGUCGUCCAGCUGGAGACGGCGGUCGGCGCGGCGAUCAAAUGCUUCGACAACGCCAUGGGGAUAAACGUCCCCCGCAGCCGCUUCCUUCCUGUCAAAACCACGUCGGACCUGCUGCUGGUCAUGUCCAACCUGUACAGCCUGGAGGCCGGCUCCCUCACCAUGAGCCCCAAGAGAGAGUUCCCCACCACUCCGCACGUCAAGCUGGGCAGCUCCUUCACCAAGGUUCAGGAGUACCUGACCCGCUUUGAGAGCAUCCCCGACAUGCUGGAGCUGGACCACCUGACCGUCUCCGGAGACGUCACAUUUGGGAAAAACGUGUCGCUGAAGGGCACCGUCAUCAUCAUCGCCAACCACGGUGAUCGGAUCGAUAUUCCGGCCGGCUCCAUGCUGGAGAACAAAAUAGUGUCCGGCAACCUGCGUAUCCUGGACCACUGAGGCCUUUUCCCAGCCGCGGCGCCGCCUCCUUCACUGUGCAGCCCUGAUCAUGUGACCUGUCCUCCUCAUGAGACCCACUCACAAAGAUUCCUCUGCUCUGGAGGGUGAAACUGGAACCUGCUGCCCUCUGCUGGCUGAUUAGUAUAUAACCAUUAGGAAGUGUUACUAAAUUACGACUUUAAUACACUCGAUUGAUAGAUUAACAAAAAUACCUAACUAAAGCAACUAGGUUGCAUUUUUUUUUUUAUCUGUAGCUACUAGAUUGAAUGAUAGCAUUAAAAUAUGAAAUAUUAAGCUCUGAGCAGUGGCGAUGCAGAACUAAUGCAGAGGUCAGGACAGCUUAAUCGCGGGAGACGUUUUAAAAGUGGAUCACAAGAAUCACAUGGCUCUCCACGGCUCGAUGAAACUCGUUUUGCGGGAUUUGACGACACGCACUUGAACGCAACAUGCCAAAACUUCCACAAUUCAAGUUCAGUCACAGCUCAGAGUUCACAUGUUUUACAUGGGAUGACUGCACUUUGUGUUUUUCACGUGCUGAAAAACAACUCAAGCCCAGAUUGAGAUUAGUAAAAAUUUUGAAAAUGAGUGAAUUAUUACUGUUUCACGUGAGACCGGAAUGAUGCAUUUGAAUCAAAAAAAUCCACCGUUUUGAAAUCGGAUCGAAAUUUGCGGACCAGAGGCUUUGAAGGAACUGAGCAAUAUUUACCUGACCCGUUGCAGGAACGAUCCAAAGUUUCACACACAGUGUCAAAAGCAGCUAAAUGAAUGUGGAGCCGAGCUGGAGAGCAAGUCGUGAUUUUUCACCGUUUCCACCCGAGUUCUCAUUCAACUUCACUGAAAUAUAUAAUCUAUAAUCAUAGCAGCGCUCAAUCUAACAAUGGUACAUUUUUGAGAGCGUGGAGCCACUAAGUAAUCACCUUUAUCACCCUGAGGUGAUAAAGUUGUGCUGGCGGAGAAGUCGAUUGUCUCUUAAAAACCAUGAAAACUGUGAGCGAUCUUCCUGUACCUCCACUGCAGACGUUCAGUUUCCGACAGAAGCGUCUCGAAUCGAACCUUGCGCCAUGUUUUCAUUGUUCUUGUGGCAGAAAACCUGGCAGGACCAACGUUCAGGCACGUUGUAGCUUUAUGUAGAAAAUGUGUGGAUUCCAAUGGAAAGCCAUCACUUUGACCCUUUGAGAUAAAACAAAAGGCAUUCUUUGUGUUUGAUUGCAGCGCGUUGUGUCGUCCGAAGCCUCUUCGUCCAUCCAACUCAUCCAGUGCUGUUUCUGUAUGUGCAAUAUUUCCUGUUUGGUUUACACACAAAAUAGUUUUCAUUCAUUUUCAAACCAUGUACACCAAGUUGUUUUCAUAUUUUUUUUUUUUUGAGUGUUAAUACUUGAGACGAGUUUGGCUGAUGCAUACAAGGAGAAAUAAGUGUUGAUCUGUGACAGCAACAACGGUCCCGGUCCAGUUCCGCCUCCUCAGAGCUGAAUAAAGUGCAAUAUGAAGAACCGAA